UACAUACAGCCAACUCAGGACAGGACAACUGUAGUUUCUGUGUAUGACGCGCCUUCUCUACUGACUGAGUACAAAACUAAGCCUUGUUUUAAAAGUCCAGGGAAAAUAUAUCCUAGUGCUUUAAUGAAUGAUUUUUUUUUUUCUGUUUUCUUUGCUAUCAUAAUCCUUAACGAGUCGUAAUAUCUAGUAUUCGCGCGCAAAGCAACACUGCGAGGCGAGCUGACUGGAUCCGUGGUCUGAUGAGGAAGGAUGGCGGAGGACGUGAAAGAAGAGUCGGUGGCUUCUAACGAUGAGUCGGACCGAGCAGCAUCUGACGGGAGCCUAAGUAACACGAUGCUGACAGAAGGCUCCUGUCUCCUGCGGAGGAUGGAGAUCUGUGUUGCUGAAGCUGAGAAAAGGAGCGGUAAGAAUGCAGUCAGCAUGCAGGAGACCUACACUGUGUACCUGGUUGAGACAAGGCCAAUGGAUGCAAUCGCAGAAGGCCGUAAUCCACCGCCUGACUCUCUGUGGAGGCGAUACAGUGAGUUUGAACUGCUGAGGAACUAUCUGAUAGUUACAUAUCCAUACAUCGUGGUUCCUCCUCUGCCUGAGAAGAGGGCAGAGUUUGUAUGGCACAAGCUUUCUGCAGACAACAUGGACCCAGACUUUGUGGAGCGGCGCAGGAUUGGGCUGGAGAACUUCCUGCUCCGUGUGGCCUCUCAUCCAGUUCUCUCCAACAACGAGAUGCUUUACCAAUUCCUCACCAAGGAGCAUGGCUGGAAGGAAAUGGUGUAUGAGACGGGUUUCCAGACAAAGGUACAGGCAGAUUCCAGACUCAGAGCUUUGAGCGCCACCUUCAGGGUGAGAAGUCCACAUAAACGCCUAGUGGAGAUGAAACAUUACAGCGACGGGCUUCAGUCUCACACUUCUCAGCUGCUUCGAGCACGAACUAGGGUUGCUGAUAGACUGUAUGCUGUUUACAAAGUCCACGGAAACUAUGGACGAGUCUUCAGUGAGUGGAGUGCCAUAGAGAAAGAGAUGGGAGAUGGACUGCAGAGCGCUGGUCAUCACAUGGAUGCCUAUGCUGCCUCAGUAGACGACAUCUUGGAAGAAGAAGAACAUUAUGCUGACCAGCUGAAAGAAUAUCUGUCCUAUGCUGAAGCUCUGAGGGCAGUGUGCAGAAAACAUGAGCUGAGCCAGUUUGAGCUGGAAAUGGCUUCCCAGGACCUCAUCUCUAAGAAGCAGCAGCGUGAGGAGCUGGCCACCGGGAUAGUGCACACUUUCUCCUUAAAAGGCAUGACCAACAAGCUUUUUGGGCAAGAAGCACCUGAGCAGAGGGAGGCCAAGCUCAACCUGCUGGAGGAGCUGAUAGCAGAGGGGGAAGAGACUGUGAAGGAGAAAACAGCUGAGUGCGAUGAGCAUGCUGAAAAGGCGUGGGCAGACAUCGUCCGUUUUAAGGAUCAGAAGGACAAAGAUCUGAAAGAAGCGUUCAUCAACUACGCUCUCAUGCAAAUCAGCAUGUGCAAGAAGGGAAUACAAGUGUGGAGUAAUGCCAAAGAAUGCUUUCUUAAGAUGUAGAGUCAAAGCCAUACAAGUUCUACUAAUAUAAGUGAGACCUGUGGACACAUUUAUGCACAUGAACAUCUUAUCCAAGUACUUUGAAGGGGGUGGGGAAGAAGAUAAAAAUGACCUGGAACCUGAUGUUUAAACUUUUAAUAUUUUCAAAAGUUACAUGCUGGAGAUUGUUUCUAUGCUGUUGGAUCUAUAAGAAUGAGCACACAAGAAUGAGCAAGACUGGGAGGAUGGGCUGGUGAGGCUGAAAGUAGAGGAGAAGGUAUGAAAAUAUCUGAAGCUUAAUCCAAAGGUAUAGAGUGGGAGCAAAUCAUUAGCACCUCAAAAGCUCAAAUAUUAGCUGAACCCUGACUCCAAACCCUGGGAGGACUUACAACAGAGCAGGAGGAAGCCCCAACCACUCCUUCCACCAAACUGACUGGACAAGGAUCAGAUCCCAGACCACAGCAUCUUCACCUGCCUUUAACCGUACAGCCAUGUAGAAUAUUAAAGAGGGUAGAAUAUCAAUUCUGCUGCCUGGAAAUUAAGUCUUCAGUCAGAGGUCUCUGCAGAUUGGUUGCUAGACUGACUGCUACCAGAGAUUCUUUCUACCCACAGCAUCACCAUACAAAAUGAUUCUUUGAAGAUACUUUGAUGAAUUUAGUUUUCAUUUUCCUUUCAGAUAAAUAAAGUAUUUUUGAAUGGAAUUUAACACUGAAAUCCUGAAAAAUAUCUGGUCAAUGUUCCCUUAUUUAUAUAAAAAAACAUCAUCUUGUAAUUAGUCAGACACUUAAUGGUAUUAUUUAGAAGGAUCAUGUAAUAUAAACGUCAGCGGUGUGUUUAUUACCAAUGUGCAGUAAUUCUAUCACUGGUAAAAAAAAUUACAUUACAAUUGCAAAGGGCAAUUCAUGUGAUCCAAACUGGAUCCAAAGAAACAGAAGGGAACAAAGGAAACUCCAUCCAUAUAAAUCUCAGGAAAUGAACAUGGUGAUGAUAGGGAGAAAUUUGGGCCAGAUGUCCAACAUGAGCAGAAAGGCUGAAAACCUUAAGGUAUAACUCAUCUGGUAACAUGAUUCGAAGCACAAACUAUUACAGUGAAGACAACAAAGCAAAGCACACACCAAUAUGAUUUAUUACAGAUCCACAUGGUGAGAGAAACACACUCUGUUUGUCUGUAAUGAACGGCCUGCUGUGUGGACUCAUCCAUCAGCUGGACAGUCAGAUUACAGCUGAUAGUUUCCACACAAAUCAAAUCGGAUCAUCAUCAUAGUUUAUUUAAACUGUAAAACUAAACAUUCUGUUUAAUAAAAGACUUUUGAAAAAUGUUAAAUAUUUGAAAGUGGUGAGGACUUUGGGUUGUGAAGGGUUACUGCUUGACUUUCAGACAUUACUCCAUUUCUGCUCAACCGAAGAGAAAGUUUCAAACAUUUGUACAACUGAUUUCAGUGUUGGUAAAAAUAAAAUAUGCUCUGAUGAUGCCAUGUUUCUUUAA